CGUGCUCUGUUAACUAACGGCAGGGGAAAGGAAGGAAGUCCGAUCGAAUCCCCAAUUUCGUUUUCGGUUUUCCUCUUCAUCUCCAAUCAAUCCAUCCAAUCCCCGCCCCGUCGUCUUCUUCCUCGAUUGAUUGCCUGAUUGGCUUCCUCUUCCUUGAUUCGAAUCCAAGUAAACUACCCAAAGCCCCCCACCCCCAAGGAAGGAACCCUACCCGCGAGAGGCGGCGCCACGCCGGAGCCUGCUCGUGGUGGCAGGCGACCGAUCCAAAGCAAAGCUUCCUUCCUGUCUCCUCUCCAUCCACCCACAAGAAAGCCAUGGUUUUGUUCGAACUAGACCCGGACAUCACCCGAUGGGGUCUUCACCAUCUCCUCCCCGCUCCGGCUGGCUACUCUGCUCAUGAUCGCACCCAAACCACCCCUACCACACCUUGUACAGCCUUUGUUCGCCCUCUUCAUCAGCCCACCGGAGACAUGGGUGGCUCAAACUCUGUUGAGAUCAAGGUUGAGCAUGUCAAUGCGGUUGACAACGACGAGGUCAUCGCGCAAGCCCUUCAGGAAGAACUGUCCCAUGUCGCCCUCGCCGAAGCAUCCGGGGCAAACAGCACCCCUGACGAUCAACAACACUCUGCUGUUCUCACGCAGCAAUGGCUUCGCCCACGUGCCGUCCAUGUACAAUCAUCUUCUCAAGAGGCAGGGACCAGGGAGGAACCUUUCAGCACCUGCUCAAGCCCUGGAGAUGACAAUAAUGUCCAGGACAGCCAGCCAUGCUUGAUGGAGCUCAUGGAUAACUUUUCUGUCCUUGACGGUGAAGUGGGCAAAAGGUUGAACAACAUGGUUCCUGUUCGUCAUGUUCCUAAAGUAAAUGGAGAGAUUCCUUCUGUUGAUGAAGCCAUUUCAGAUCAUCAAAGACUUCUUGACAGGUUGGUGCUGUACGGUUUGGUUGAUCUCAAGGUUAAAGGAGAUGGCAACUGCCAGUUUAGAGCGCUGUCAGAUCAAUUUUACCGAACUCCUGAACAUCACAGAUUUGUUCGGGAACAAGUGGUGAAGCAGCUUGAAUCGCAUCCUGAGAUUUAUGAAGGAUAUGUUCCUAUGGAUUACAGGGAAUAUCUCAGAAAAAUGUCAAAGAGCGGAGAGUGGGGUGACCAUGUUACAUUGCAGGCUGCUGCAGAUACGUAUGGUGUAAAGAUCUUCAUCCUGACAUCAUUCAGAGAUACAUGUUACAUUGAGAUUCUUCCUGUUGUUGAGAAAUCCAGAAGAGUUAUAUGCUUGAGUUUUUGGGCUGAGGUGCACUACAACUCGAUAUAUCCGGAAGGAGAGUUGCCGGUUUUGGAGAACAAAAAGAAAAGCUGGUGGCCCUUCUAGCUAGCAUUCCCAGGACGGGACAAGGAAGAAGAUUAGAGCAGCUAGGGAUCCCGAGCAGCUAACAGAUAGGAGCCUUUCUGUUGGGCUAUGUGACUAACUCAUGGCGACGCGGAGGCCAUGGGCAGUUGCGGCUUGCGCCUUUGACGGCACUGCAUUACCAUUGUCAUUGCCAUAGGGGAGACAUGUGCAGUACUGUACGUAGUAGUAGAUGAUACUCACUAUCCCAUUUGUACAGAGAGAACGAGGGAAGAGCGAGACAGAUAAUCAGGCCAUUAGCAUAGUAAUAGUAGUAAUAAUAAUGUAAUACAGGAGGGAGGAGAGGGUCAUUCAUUCAUUGAUUCAUUUGCUAUUGCUAGUUCCUUUUCCGGUCGUUCGAUGAUGUAGCCAGCCACAGAGUUGUGAUAGGCUCAUGCUCAUUCUUUAUUUUGUUCUUGGACAUAUCAUGCAUAUUUAUCAUCAUCAGACAAAUAAUGCAUGCAUGAACUUGGAUGGAAACAAUUAACAGUCUGUUGAUGACGAUUAUUAUUUGGUCAAAUGGCUGCCAGUCUCAUGGAUGAGGAAUUUGUAUUAA